GGUCUUGAUUUGUUGUGUGUGGAUCUGCAGCUUCACAAGUUUCUUUUCUCCUCUUCAGUUCCUCCUCAGAUCGUGGUGCGUCCGCGGGAUCAGAUCUCUGCCCAAGGCCGUACUGUCACGUUUCUUUGUGGAACGAAGGGAAAUCCCCCUCCUGCUGUGUUCUGGCAGAAAGAAGGCAGUCAGGUCCUGCUGUUUCCCAGUCAGCCGCCUUCACAGUCCGGUCGUUUUUCCGUGUCGUUAAGCGGAGAGCUGACCAUUACAGAUGUGCACAGCGAGGAUUCUGGGUACUACAUCUGUCAGGCCAUCAGUGUGGCGGGCAGCAUCUUGACCAAGGCCCUGCUGGAGGUGGAAAGCACCCCAUCCGACCGGAUCCCUCCCAUCAUCCGCCAAGGACCGGCCAACCAGACGCUCGUUCCAGGCACCUCCGCCCAAUUGCAGUGCCAUGUGAUGGGCAACCCUCUUCCGAGCAUCCAAUGGGAGCGCGACGGCCAGAGAAUCCUGGGCAGCGACGGGCGCAUUAGCCUAAUGGAAAACGGCACUUUACAAAUCACAUCCCUGCAGGAAACGGACUCCGGGGCCUACACCUGUGUUGCCUCCAGUUUGAGCGGAGAGACGAGCUGGAGUGGUGUACUCACAGUAAAAGAGAGUGGCGGUCUCUCUCUACCCCCGGUUUCAGAGCCCUACCAGCUGCCCGGGCCACCCCAGAAGCCCGUCGUUACUGAUGUGACCCGAAACAGUGUGACCCUGACCUGGCAACCAAACGCACAUGAAGGCGGAGCGGCUGUGACCUCUUACAUCAUUGAGGCUUUCAGCCAAUCAGCAGGAAGUACAUGGCAGACGGUUGCAGAUCUUGUGAAAUUGGAGAAGCACACGGUCACUGGACUGUCUCCGAAUACCAUUUACCUGUUCAUUGUGCGAGCACUCAAUGCUUAUGGCCUGAGUGACCCCAGCCCCAUCUCAGAGCCUGUUCGCACACAAGAUGUGAGUCCUACAGGUCAAGGUGUGGACCAUCGACAGGUGCAGAGGGAGCUGGGAGAGAUGGCUGUGCAGCUUCACGAACCAGCGUUGUUGACGGCAUCCAGCGUGAAGAUCAGCUGGAAUGUCGAUCGUCAAUCUCAGUACAUCCAGGGUUAUCGUUUGCUUUAUCGUCCUGCCGGUGGCUCCUGGUCCCAGCAGGAAGUGAAAGCUGCGACGGAGCGUAGCGCUGUCAUCACUAACCUGCUCAAAGGCACGGAGUACGAGAUUAAAAUACGACCCUACUUUAACGAGUUCCAGGGCAUGGACAGCCGCCCGCUGAUGUUCCGCACGCCAGAGGAGGUUCCCAAUGCCCCCCCUCGUGCUGUAACCGUGGCAACAGUCAAGCUCAGCAACAGCUCAAGCAUCAGUGUAUCAUGGCAGCCUCCCCCCACUGAGAUGCAAAACGGAGUCAUCCAAGAGUAUAAGAUUUGGUGUCUAGGUAACGACUCUCAGACGCGCUACCACAUCAAUCAGACUGUGGACGGGAACGUGCUGACCACUUUGUUAAAGGGGCUUCUGCCUGGUGUUUUGUACCAGGUGGAGGUGGCGGCAGUAACCAGUGCAGGAGUGGGCACACACAGCCAGCCUGUACCUGUGCUUAUCAAAUUGCCCGCAGAGCAGCCUACAGUCACAGGUGGAGGCAGCGAAUCUGACGAGAAUGUAAGUCUGGCUGAGCAGAUCUCAGACGUAGUGAAGCAGCCUGCCUUCAUCGCAGGCAUUGGCGGGGCAUGCUGGGUAAUCCUUAUGGGAUUCAGUGUGUGGAUUUAUUGCAGACGGAAGAAGAGAAAAGAGCUCAGCCAUUACACAGCAUCAUUUGCAUACACACCUGCAGUUGGUUUUCCACAUGGAGAAUGUUCUGGACUUAAUGGAAGGCCUGGUAUGCUGGGUGCUAACAUGGGAAAUUACCCAUGGCUGGCUGAUUCAUGGCCAACUACCAAUCUCGUACACAACGGAAAAGACUCAGUGAACUGCUGUACAUCUAAAAAUGAUACCCCAGAGAGAUACUAUAAUGAGGCGGGGAUCUCUAAUUACCUCAACCAAAAUGACAAGUACAGCACAGACUCCAACGAAGGCCCCAUCUACAGCACCAUUGACCCCACCAGUGAGGACCUGCACAGUUUCUCUGCUCAGUAUUCUCAACAUACUACUCCCUACGCCAGCACUCCCAUCAUGCCUUUCACCAACCAGGCGCCCUGCAGCCCUGAACAGGAUGGCAGCCACUGGAUGACUCAGCCUGGAACCUCCAACGCUCAGUAUGCCCAGCCAGACCGCUCCAAGACUGAUAACGUAAAACAACCAAAGCAGAAGUUGAUGGGGAAGCCAGUGAAAAUGCCAUCUCUCAACUGGAUGGAUGCUUUGCCGCCACCACCUCUCUCUGGAGAACUGGACGAGUUUGAAGAGGAAGAUGAAGAUGAACUAAUCCAAGACAUGAGGUCCGAUGAGGAAGAGUGGUGUCCUCCUCUCCCGGAUAGGACUUACCUCAUGGACGGUGUGAUGGAGGAUGGUCCCGCUCCUCCUCCUAGAGGAGAGGCUUCUUCCCCCACCACAUCCUACAGCCACCAGUCCACUGCCACCUUAACCCCAUCUCCCAGAGACGAUGGCCACUGCCUCGAUAUACCCCGCCUACAUCAGCUCGAACAGCCACAGAUAGCACGACGGUUGCCUUGUGGAGCAGUGCCUGUUCCGCGAGCACCAAGCCCUCCUCUAACCCAGUCCAACCCAAACCUGUCAGCCAAUCAGGAGUGCCCUGACAACACUGUGCCACACCGUUCAGCACAUAAACAGGACCUGAGCCAAGGAGCUGCCCAAAGUGUAGAAAACAUCAGCAACACCACGCCAGGUCGAGCGAGGCUCUCUGCAGACCACACUCCUCCUGGGCAGAAGUCCAAGGUGAAGAAGAAAACGACCAAGAGCGCUCAAUACCGGAGAGAUAUACUGCAAGGCGAUCUGCCCCCUCCACCAGAGCCGCCUCCUGAGGAUGAGGACGACUGUGCUCAAGCAGGGGGAUUCGAAUGUGGGCGGACGUCCCUCGAGAGAGUGGGCAGCUCCCAUUCCUCCAUGGAGAGAAGAGAACUGAGCACACCCAAUCGGAAAAACUCUUCUCAUAGACGGAUAGAUGCAGAGGAUGAUUUAGUUCCUUACAACAAGCCCAACUUCCUUUCUCGGGGUCAGAUGUCCAGCAAUUGCUCCACAACAGGAAGUUCAUCAUCACGGGGGUCAACAGGAUCACGAGGGCACGGAACGGGCAGGAAGAGAAAUGAUGAGACGAGAUAAGGGAAGGCUGUGAGACACAGGAAGUUUGACUUGGACAUCCCUCCGUUUUCGUUCGGAAGCUGAAUAGAAGAACCGAAGAGAAGUGGUGUACACUCGCGUGUGUACAGAUGUCAGAGCGUGAUUCUGGGACUUUUGAUUAUGUUAUUAAUUAUUAUUAUUGUUAUUUAUGACCUUCAAGGGGGCAUUUUUCAUCAUGCUGUUACUGUAAAUAAUCAUCCGCGGAAGCUUUUUACAUGGGGUCCAUAUGCCAGGAAAGAAGAGUAUAUUGUAUUUAUACAUGAAAGAAGAAAUGAAAUCAUGUUAAAAGCUCUGAUAUUAUAGAUGAGUUCAUGUCUGAAUGUGCCAACCUCUUGUAGAAAUGUAUACAGCAGCAUUUCAAAGCAUAAUAAUAUUGCACUCGCGUUGUGUUGGAGAACAACAACAAAAAAAUAAAAUAAUAGAAAGCACAAUAUGUGUUGUUUGACCAGCCAGCUAGACAGCCAGCCUCAUGACCUAACUGAGCCGAGGACGCUUCUGUCUGCCCGUCUCGUCUCCGUCUGUGGAUCCCCGUCGUUGCGGUCACCAGAGAAUGUGUUCCACCCCCCCACUUUCUUUUCAAAGCCAAGAGAGUUUGUCAUUUGACGACUGUUGUGAACGAUUGUACUUGUCUUUUUUAAGGAGUGUGUUUUGGAGAUUGUGAGGAAAUGUAUUUCAUUCUAAAAACCAAAAUUAUGUUUCUUUGACUAACUUUUUGGUAGUCCUUGUUGUUUUGUAUAAAUAAAAUACAUUUGCUGA